AUGAAGGUCCACAGUGAUGAGCACAAGCCCUUCGAUACCGCCGAGAGCAGAUUGCAGGUAGGAAUAACGUUCGAGGACCGCCAAACUCUCAAGGACCUUGAAGACAGUCUGUUGAGUACUAGCCAUCUUGAAGACUCAAGCCGCAAAGAUCAGGAGAUGCUGGAUUCAAUUCCGCCGGGAGAAGAAGCGAUGUUUUUCAGUAAUGCAGGUGGUGAGCAGGAGUUAUGCAGGGAAAUCUUCGUGGAGACAGGCAAAAGGAAACGGAAAGAUGUGCACACUCGCUGA